GGUGUUCUUCAAUGAAUGCAAAAUCCUGGACAACAACAUCGAUAACAUGCUGUUAGUGGGCGUUUCGGCCAUUUAUGCGACCAAUGUUUGCAUGCUGUUUAGUUGGCUGGUCAAUUUCCCGCCUAUUUUUGGAUCUGGAUUUUUGUAUGUGUGUCUGUUUCUGGCACUUCCAAUCAUCUCGCUGAACUUGUUCACGGCGGAACCUGAGGUCAGCGAUUCGCAUCUUUUCAAACUUCUGCCCUGGAAGCCGCUCAGCCACGGAGAAACGUUGAGCGUUCCCCGCGCUUUUUCGCUUCGCCACGUGAUUCGUCUGAUUUUGAUGUGUCUGAUUUUGAUUGUCAUUUAUUGGGUCACGUGGUUCUUCCAGAUCCGAAAUAUCCCCGAAUUCCGGAAUGUCCAAAUUCUGACCUUUUUCUGGAAUCAAGAUAUUCUGCAGUGGCUGAACGGCGAAUCGGAUGGCGUUUCGUUGAUAAAGAACACGACGGAUUUGUUUAUGACAAUUAUCUUUGAGAUUUUUGUGUUUGUUCUUUGUGUGAUGCUCCUCAACCGGAAUUCCAAUAUUCUCCACAAUUUCCACCAGCCCAACAUGCGGAGCUUAGUGUUCUCUUUUGUGACCAUUUUGCUUCUGACCGUUUCCUUUUGA